AUGUCAAACAUCACAAGUUGUGAUAGUGGAAGUUUCUCUACAGAGAAUACCAGAGAUCAAGAUGGAGUUAAACAUCAACAACAAAAUGAAAUACUUGGUCAAUUUCAUAGUCCACAUUCUCAUACUUCAACUACAACUACAACAAAUAAUAGCAAUGGUUCCAACACUAAUUUACAACCACCUCUUAAGAGAAAAAGGAACCUACCAGGAAAUCCAGAUCCAAGUGCUGAAGUGAUAGCUUUAUCACCAACAACACUAAUGGCUACAAACAGAUUCGUAUGUGAAAUAUGCAACAAAGGUUUUCAAAGAGACCAAAAUCUUCAAUUGCACCGAAGAGGACACAACUUGCCAUGGAAGCUUAAGCAGAGAACAACUAGUGAAAUCAUAAAGAAGGUUUAUGUUUGUCCUGAACCUUCAUGUGUUCACCAUAAUCCUGUAAGAGCACUUGGUGAUCUUACUGGUAUUAAAAAGCACUUUUGUAGAAAGCACGGUGAGAAAAAGUGGAAAUGUGAUAAGUGUUCUAAGAAAUAUGCUGUUCAAUCUGAUUGGAAAGCUCAUUCUAAAAUCUGUGGUACAAGGGAAUACAAAUGUGACUGUGGAACCAUCUUUUCUAGAAGAGACAGCUUCAUUACCCACAGAGCUUUCUGUGAUGCAUUAGCUGAAGAGAACAACAAAGCCAACGAAGGUUCAGUACAAUUAUCAAACAUGCAACAACACCAACAAAUUCCAAAUCUCGUUUCUUCAAUAUUACCAAUGAACCAAAACAAGUCACAAAUUGUUGGAGCUUCAGAGUUCAACCUUUCAGAUCACAAACAUCCAUUAUCAUCACCUCACGACCUCAUGUCAGUUCCUGUAAAACCCUUCAACAGCAAUAUAUUCACCAGAAGUCUUUCGUCGUCAACUUCAUCUCCUUCUCUUCAACUGAGUUCAAAUAAUUCACUCAACAACAUCUUGGAAGAAAACGGAUCAGUCCAUUUAUCUGCAGCUGCAACCUCGCCUCACAUGUCAGCCACUGCAUUGUUACAAAUAGCUGCUCAAAUGGGUGCAACCGUGAGUAAUAGUAAUGCAGGUAUGGUUAUGUCAGAUAAAACAACCGUCGCUACAAACAUGAUGUCCCCGCCACCGCUGUUUGGUAUGGUGCAACAACAAGGACAUUCUUUCAUGAACCACAACAUGCAACAGCAACCUCAGUACAUUAAUAAUAAUUUCAAUGGAAAUGUGAUGAUAAAUGGAGGUGUUAAUGGAUCAAUGAAUGGAGUUGAUAUGUUUAAUGCUAUAUUGGAUCAAAGUAAGGCUUUAUCCAAAAUCAUUGAACAGAACAAUCAAACUCAAAGCAUGAACAGUGUUGUAGGAGGAGGUGCAACAAGUAAUAUUAUGAAUAUUGGUGGAAGUAAAGGAAGUGGUGGGGGAGAUGUAAUGACACUGGAUUUAUUGGGGAUAGGAGGUGGGGGUGCACAUGGUAAUUUCUAUGGAGGGGGUGCACAUGGUACACAACAACAGCAACAAGCAGAAAGUGCUGCAGCAGCAGUAGAAGCAGAUGAGGUUUGGAGAAAUUGGUCAACCAAGAGUGGAGGGUUUGAAACCUUUUCAGCAACAAGCAACAUUUGA